AUGAACCAGGAUGCAGAUUUAUGGGGUGGGUGUCCUACCUCUGUCUCCUCUCAGGCCUCGCUCACACAGACACACAGACAGACACCCACACACCAUCAUGAACACUUACCACAGCCCCUACCCACACCUGCGCCCCCGCACAAACGUUUCCCAGCCUCCUCCCCGCUGAGGCUCGCUUUGGAGCUGGCCGUCAGCAGCCCUGCACCCAGGGACCCCCAAGCCCCUCUGUCCAUCCUCCUGGCUAAGAGUGGGGGCAGCCCCCAGCUCGCUCCCCCGCUGCUGCCCCACGCCCCCUACUGGCAUGCUGACCAGCUGUCUCACGGCCAGGAUCCCAGGGGUGGCUCUCCAAGGCGGGCCCUGGCAGCUGCAUGCGAGGACGCUGCUCUUGGAACUCAGUCACCAUUCUGUGAAAGAGGAACUGAGACCCCGGCCCCCAGCUCCAGCCGAGGCCCUGCCCCCGGCCAGCACCCCCUCAUCAGCCAGGAAGUGAGACUCCUUCAGAGCAGACCUUCAGCCCCUAGUGGAGCUGUCCCAGCGGACGCCUGCCUGCUGAGUCCUACCCCAGCCCACACUGCAGUGUCCUGA